AUGUCCUCAUGGGGUUGCACCUGGAUCCGUCAGCCCCUCGGGCUAGUGGGCCUGGGCCGUCUGCUCCACGACCCCCCCGAGGACUGCCGCAGCGACGGCGGCAGCAGCAGCAGCGGCGGCAGCAGCAGCGCGGGGGAGCCUGGAGGCGCCGAGAGCAGCUCGUCCCCGCGCGCCCCCGAGCGCGAAAUCCCCGAGCCCGGCGACGCCGAGGGCCCGGGCGGACACCUGGCGGCGAUGCAGCGCCCGGUCGCCAGGUCGAAAAUCAAGUUCACCACAGGCACGUGCAGCGACCCCGCGGCCCACAGCUGUGAGCUGUGUGGCAAGGCCUUCCGCCUGCAGCGCAUGCUCAACCGCCACCUCAAGUGCCACAACCAGGUGAAGAGGCACCUGUGCACCUUCUGUGGCAAGGGCUUCAAUGACACCUUCGACCUGAAGAGGCACGUCCGCACGCAUACAGGCAUUCGCCCCUACAAAUGUGACAUCUGCAACAAAGCCUUCACCCAGCGCUGCUCUUUGGAGUCUCACCUGAAGAAGAUCCACGGGGUGCAGCAGCAGUACGCCUACAAGCAACGCCGGGACAAGCUCUACGUCUGCGAGGAUUGUGGCUACACGGGUCCCACCCAGGAGGACCUGUACCUGCACGUGAACAGUGCCCACCCGGGCAGCGCCUUUCUCAAAAAGACAUCCAAAAAACUAGCGGCUCUUUUGCAAACCAAGCUGAUGUCCACGCGCCAGGAGAAUGCCAACCUGAGUGAGGAGGAGGAGAAGUGAGGGGGGUGGGCAGGCAGCCAGAGCUGCCGUGUUUACAGGGAUUUGGGGUUUUGAAGGUCCCCUGCCCCACUUGGGUUCAGUUCGUCCCGCUGCCCUUCUGGGGCCUGAGCAGGGCCUAGAACAGAUCUAAGGGUUGUUGAUGAUAAUAGUGGUGUCUGGCCCCCCCCCGCCCCCCGUACCCCAUGUCCUGUUGAAUAGUCGAAAUUAACAAAAGUUUGUGGAUGGUCAUGAUCACCAUGAGGAGUUUUUCUUUGUUUCUUUGUUUCUUUGUUUCUUUGUUUGUUUCUUUCUUUCUUUUAGGAUUUUCACAUGUGGAGGC